AUGGCUAAACUUGCAGUCCGGGAGCGAGCUCAAAACCUGUCCGUGAGGGUACAGAAGAAGAACUGGACAAGUUUUUGUACGUCCGAGUGGCCGGCUUUCAACAUCGGGUGGCCACGGGAUGGGACUUUUGACUCUCGCAUUAUCUUACAGGUGAAGAGCCAGGUCUGCAGGGAAGGUAGAGAAGGGCACCCGGAUCAAGUACCCUACAUCUGUGUGUGGGAGGACCUGGCACAAAACCCUCCUAAAUGGGUAAAACCCUUUCUCCCGGCCGACCGAGUCGUGGCAGGUGCCUUACCCGCCCCGCCUUCGCCCAUAACACCUUUAAAACCGCAACCCGCAGAUCAAAGCGGGCUCCCCAUUGUUAUGUGGGAAGAUCCAGAGCAAAAUUCGCUAAUUGCCCCUACCACGACCCUUUAUCCAUUAAAAGAGUUAGACUCCCUAAAGGCAAAGAAACCCCCGGUCCUCCCGGGCGGACAGGAGGAUCUUUUGCUUUUUGACACCCCACCACCUUACGCGCCCCCCCCAAGAGAGCCUACGGCACCUUCCCCGGAUUCCACGCAGGAAGAUAGGGAGGAGGACCCCCCGACUCGUUCAACCCCCAUGAGUGCCAGGCUGCGCUUACGACGGGGAGGGGGGAGUGAGGACGGGCAGUGGGAGGCUCAGGCUUUUCCACUCCGCUCAGUGGGGGGUCAGCUACAAUAUUGGCCGUUCUCAGCUUCAGAUUUAUACAAUUGGAAAACUCAUAACCCGCCUUUUUUGCAAGAUCCUCAGGCACUGACAGGAUUAAUUGAAUCUAUUCUUUUAACCCACCAACCGACUUGGGAUGACUGCCAGCAGCUCCUUCAGGCUCUCCUGACCACGGAGGAGAGACAGCGAGUUCUCACGGAAGCCCAGAAAAAUGUUCCAGGGGACAAUGGUCAACCUACCCAACUACCGAACGAGAUUGAUGCAGCAUUUCCGUUGACUAGACCGGAUUGGGAUUUUAGUACGGCAGCAGGUAGGGAACGACUUCGUCUCUAUCGCCAGAUUCUCCUGACAGGUCUCAGAGGGGCAGGGAGACGCCCCACCAAUUUGGCUAAGGUACGUGCCAUAACCCAAGGUAGUGAAGAGACCCCAGCGGGGUUCCUAGAAAGAUUAAUGGAGGGAUACCGGAUGUACACCCCGUUUGACCCCCAGGCUCCUGAUCGGCAGUCGGAUGUAAUAAUGUCUUUCAUUGGCCAAUCGGCCCCAGACAUCCGAACGCGGCUGCAGAGACUGGAAGGCUUACAGGGUUAUACUUUGCCAGACCUCCUAAAGGAGGCAGAGAGAAUCUUUAAUAAGAGAGAAACUAAGGAAGAAAAGGAGGAAAGAAUGCAAAAGGAACAGGAUCAGAGAGACAAAAAGAGAAAUAGGGAGUUAGCUAAAAUCUUGGUCACCGCAGUAAGCGAAUCAAAUAGCCAGGAUAGGCCAGGUUACGGUAGAGGUCAGAUAAAGAAAUACCCGGGAGACAAAAACAGACCGCGGAUAGAACGAGAUCAGUGUGUGUACUGUAAGGAAAGAGGACAUUGGGCUAGAGACUGUCCAAAUAAAGCCACCGCCAGAAAGAAAAAGGAGACUGACAUCCCAGUUCUUGCCCUGGGGGAAGAGGACGAUGACUAGGGGGGUCAGGGCCAGGAGCCUCCCCCUGAGCCCCGGGUAACCCUGUGAGUGGGAGGCAGGCCGGUCACGUUUAUGGUGGAUACCGGAGCUCAGCACUCUGUUUUAAACAAAAAGAUUGGCCCCCUUAGCUCAAAAAUUUCUUGCGUCCAGGGGGCAACUGGAAGAAAAAUGUACCCAUGGACCACGGAACGACAGGUAGAUCUAGCUACUGGCCAAGUCACCCACUCAUUUCUUUUAGUACCGGACUGCCCAUACCCCUUGUUGGGGAGAGACUUGCUAUCCAAGGUGGGAGCCCAGAUUCAUUUCCAGAAGGAAGGGGCCUCAGUGACGGAUUCUGGUGGGCACCUUCUACAAGUAUUGUCCUUACAAUUAAGAGAUGAACAUCGUUUAUAUGACAAAGAAAAAAUAAAUACUCCGCUAGCCCCCGAGUGGAUAGAAAAAUUUCCGAGUUCUUGGGCAGAAACUGGAGGAAUAGGAUUGGCCAUUCAACAGCCACCCGUAAUAGUAAAUGUAAAGCCUACAGCUGAACCAAUAUCUGUACGGCAAUAUCCUAUGACCAAGGAAGCAAAGGACGGAAUCCGGCCCCACAUUAAGAGACUGCUGGACUUGGGGAUAUUAAGACCCUGCCAGUCUCCUUGGAAUACUCCCUUACUGCCAGUACGGAAACCGGGCACCACUGACUUCCGACCGGUGCAGGACCUACGCGAGGUAAAUCGUCGGGUUGAAGACAUUCACCCGACCGUGCCAAAUCCGUACAACUUGCUGAGCACUUUGCCUCCAUCGCGCACUUGGUAUACGGUACUAGAUUUGAAAGAUGCCUUCUUUUGUCUGAGAUUGAGCCCCCAGAGCCAACCUUUGUUUGCAUUUGAAUGGAAAGACCCGGAGACUGGAUUCUCAGGGCAAUUGACUUGGACCAGACUUCCACAAGGAUUUAAGAAUUCGCCCACACUAUUCGAUGAAGCCUUACAUCAUGACUUGGCAAGUUUCAGGGUGAGUAACCCUCAAUGGACUCUUUUACAGUAUGUAGAUGACUUGCUCCUGGCAGCGGAAACUGAAGCAGACUGUAAACAGGGCACGGAGUCCCUGCUCCAAACGCUAGGUGAGCUGGGAUAUCGCGCCUCUGCCAAAAAGGCCCAAAUAUGUGUCCGACAGGUAGUUUACCUGGGUUAUAAAUUAAAAGGGGGCAGGAGGUGGCUAACGGAGGGACGUAAACAGGCAGUGGCACUUAUACCUCCACCUAAAAACCCACACCAGUUGAGGGAAUUUCUGGGGAGUGCCGGCUUCUGCCGCCUGUGGAUUCCUGGGUUUGCGGAGAUUGCGGCUUCCCUAUAUCCCCUCACAAAAAGCAAUUCCCCCUACAUCUGGGGAGAAGAACAGCAAUUGGCCUUCGAUAAACUAAAAAGGGCCCUCUUGGAAGCCCCCGCACUGAGCCUGCCUGACCCCAGCAAGCCUUUUAUCCUAUAUAUAGAUGAAAGAGGGGGAAUCGCAAAGGGAGUCCUGACCCAAAAAUUGGGGCCUUGGAAGAGACCAGUGGCCUAUUUUUCGAAGAAACUGGACAGUGUCGCCUCCGGGUGGCCCCCAUGUCUCCGCAUGAUAGCGGCAGUGGCCACGAUUGUAAAAGAUUCUGACAAACUGACUCUGGGACAGCCACUGACUGUAGUGACGUCUCAUGCUAUUGAGACGGUCAUACGUCAGCCACCUGAUCGAUGGUUAUCAAAUGCCAGAGUUACCCACUACCAAGCAAUGUUACUCAACCCCGAGCGUAUCCGGUUUGGAACGACGGCCUCUCUCAACCCAGCCACUCUACUGCCAGAACCAGGAGACCAUACGCAGGUCAGCCACAAUUGCCAACAGGUGCUGGCUGAAGUCUAUGGGGCUCGCGAGGACUUGACGGAUCAGCCCCUGCCAGACGCGGAGUACACCUGGUAUACGGAUGGCAGCAGCUUCCUCCAUCAAGGAGGCAGAGAAAUCAAGAAUAAACAGGAAAUCUUAGACCUCCUCCAGGCCCUCUUCUUGCCAAAAAAAGUGAGCAUCAUACAUUGCCCGGGCCACCAGAAAGGAGAGGACCCAGUGGCACAGGGUAACCGGAUGGCGGAUAAGGUGGCCCGAACUAACGCCUUGGGUGGCUAUGUGUUAAAUAUCAAUGUGCCAGACCCUCCCAGCCGGGGGCCGGAAUGGAAUUACACCGAACAAGAUGUGACAGCUAUACAAAGGCUAGGAGGAAUUUACGACGAAACCACUAAAAGUUGGAAAAUACAAGGCAAAGUCGUGCUGCCCACGAAAGAAACCAGGAAAUUAGUGCAAGAUCUACAUAGAUGGACACAUUUGGGGUAUAAGAAACUAAGAACCUUGCUGGAUAGGGAGGAGAAUUCUCAUUUUUUACUAGGGCUAAAUGCAGCGAUAAAACAAACCGUGAAUGCCUGUGUCCCAUGCGCCAAGGUAAAUCCCAGAUGUUUUAAAAUGCCUGAAGGAAUCCGGAUACAGGGAGCUAGGCCUGGAAUUAAUUGGGAAGUGGAUUUUACAGAGGUCCGCCCAAGUAGAUAUGGGAUUAAAUAUCUUUUAGUGUUCAUAGAUACCUUUUCCGGCUGGCCUGAAGCAUUUCCAGUGAAAAAGGAAACGGCACAAGUCGUGGUUAAGAAGCUACUAGAAGAAAUCUUCCCGCGGUUUGGUUUACCUAAGGUAUUGGGGUCAGACAAUGGACCCGCCUUCGUCUCCCGGACCCGCUUCCGUGCUUUGCAGCUAGUCCACAGGCAUAUAGGGAAGCAGCUGACUGCCGUAUAUCAGUCCAAGUGCCCCGCGCUCCCGCAUCCGUUCCAUAUUGGAGACCUUGUCUACGUCCGCAGGCACCAGACUAAGACGCUUGAACCACGUUGGAAGGGACCCUACACAGUAUUAUUAACUACGCCGACCGCAAUAAAGGUAGACGGAAUUGCCGCCUGGAUACACGCGUCACACGCUAAGAAAGCGGCAGCUGCACAAGAACAAGAGACCGACAGCCCUGCCGAGGAACAGACACCAAAAUGGAAACUACAACGUACUCGAAACCCACUCAAGAUAAGAAUUUCAAAAGCUGUCUAG